CUUUAAUAAGGUGUCAUCCUUUCUUUCCCAUCCCGCAAACCAAAACUAAACGAAGCCCUCCGAGGCCGACCUCUUCCUCUCCGCCCAUCGCUUCAACCUCUUCCCGACAUUGAAGCAAUUCGCUGCCGUCUUCUCGGUGGCAUCCAAUAGGCAGGAAAAGCUCUAUUUGUUGAUAAUCAUUGAGUGUUGAAUGGAGUUCAUGACAAAAUCUGAAGGGAUCAUUUCAUACUCUUCGCUUUCUAAGCUUGAUAAAGAAAAUCAUUAUGAUGGAAACUUUAAAUCUGAUAUUUUGGGUGGCCAUCGAAAGGGUAUUUCUUCAGCAGGACCAAGAUUCUUAGGACAGGAUUUCUUAUAUCAACCAUCACUGGAAUCUGAUUUUUAUGAGGGGUAUGAUUCAGGCAAGGAUCCAUGUAUUUUUGCUCAACCCAAAGCUAAUCCUGAAGUGAACUUGAGAACUGUAUUAAGUGGGAUAAUUGCAAUUUUAACUGGCCAGAACAGAACUCAAGGUGAUAGUCAAUCACAACAAAAUUCAAGCUCAGACAUAUCAUUUCUUAGUUCUGAAAAGAAUGGGGACAGUUUUUUGCAUCCAUCAGUUUGCACACCAAGUGCGCCACCUCUCCUUGAAACAGAAGCUAUCAGUUAUGGUGUACAUAGAGAAAUAUUGGAAGCAGAACCUCCUGAAUGGCUGCCAGAUAGUUACACUGCUGUCUGCAUGCAAUGCACUUCUCCUUUCACAGCCAUUACUCGUGGAAGGCAUCACUGUCGGUUUUGUGGAGGUAUCUUCUGCAGAGACUGUACGAAGGGGAGAUGUUUGUUGCCUGUCAAGUUCAGAGAGCGCAAUCCUCAGAGAGUAUGCGAUGCUUGCUAUGAUAGGCUUGAUCCACUGCAGAGCAUUUUGAUUAACUCCAUUAGCAAUGCGAUGCAAUCAUCAAAACAUGAUGUUAUGGAUUGGACCUGCACAAGAGGGUGGCUGAAUUUGCCUGUGGGUGUAUCAAUGGAAUAUGAGAUAUAUAAGGCAUCAACCACACUGAGGAGCUAUUGCCAGGUUUCUAGAUUGAACCCUGAGAAAUCUAUCCCCUCGGCGGUUCUCGUAGGAGCAAAAGGGCUUGCCAUACUAACAGUUGCUAAAGCGGGUGCAUUUCUUACGUAUAAAGUUGGUACAGGUCUGGUAGUUUCUCGUAGGUCAGAUGGGUCAUGGUCUGCACCAUCUGCCAUUUUAUCUGUUGGGUUAGGAUGGGGAGCACAGAUUGGGGGCGAGCUCACAGAUUUCAUCAUUGUUCUUCAUGGCAGUAAAGCUGUGAAGGCAUUCACUAGCCGCAUGCACUUUUCUCUUGGGGCUGGCUUGAGUGUUGCAGCAGGACCAGUUGGCAGGGUGUUUGAAGCGGAUCUCCGAGCCGGAGAUAGAGGGUCUGGCAUGUGUUAUACUUACAGUUGCAGCAAAGGUGCUUUUGUUGGGGUCUCCCUGGAAGGAAAUGUUGUUGCAACAAGGAUGGAUACUAAUUUGCGUUUCUAUGGUGAUCCUUAUCUGACCACCACCGACAUCCUUUUGGGGACAGUGGAGAGACCAAAAGCUGCUGGGCCUUUGUAUUCUGCUUUGGAUGACCUAUACUCAAAACUAAGCUGUUAGCUUUCACAAGGGAUCUCUUAUGCAUCUCUCUCUUUUCCUUGAAUACAAACUGAAACUCAUGUUUCUUAGUUGCUGAUGUUUAAUAUUGUUAUGGUUGCCGAAUUCAAUUGAUUCUCUAGGUUGCACAUUAUGAGCUCUAAAGUAUUGUGCUACCACAACUGUUCAGUCAUCCACAUUUAUGUACAGGAAAAGGAAUUGUAUAUAUAAUAGCAGAAAAUACGGGAGAAGCAUUAGUUUGGGUUGGUA